UGGGACGGACUUGCUGACGUCAGGCGCCGGAAGUGACGGUGGAACGAAACAUGGCGGGCGGCGGAGAGUUCGGGAAUCCGCUUCGCAAGUUCAAGCUCGUCUUCCUGGGGGAGCAGAGCGUUGGAAAGACGUCCUUGAUAACCCGAUUCAUGUACGACAGUUUUGACAACACUUAUCAGGCCACAAUUGGAAUUGAUUUUUUGUCUAAAACAAUGUAUUUGGAAGACCGCACGAUCAGACUCCAGCUGUGGGACACUGCAGGUCAGGAGCGAUUCCGUAGCCUGAUUCCCAGCUACAUCCGUGACUCGGCUGCUGCUGUUGUAGUAUUUGAUAUUACAAAUUUGAACUCUUUCCAACAGACGUCAAAAUGGAUUGAUGAUGUGCGAACAGAGAGAGGAAGUGAUGUCAUCAUCAUGCUGGUUGGGAACAAGACUGACUUGGCAGAUAAAAGGCAGGUGUCUAUGGAGGAGGGCGAGAGGAAGGCCAGGGAGCUGAAUGUCAUGUAUAUUGAAACCAGCGCUAAAGCAGGUUAUAACGUUAAACAGCUUUUCCGACGUGUAGCAGCAGCCCUUCCUGGCAUGGACAGUGCGCCUGAAAAGAGUAAAGAAGACAGUAUCCUACACUCACUCUCAGCUUGUGACAGGAACUUGCAAUGGGAUCUUUGUUUAACCAUGAAUAUUAACCAUAACCUGGGAUCCUUUAUCUUGUUCAACGAAGAGAAUCACUGA